CUUCAUUACCAAUUACUAGGCAACAAUGGCCAACCCCAAUUUACUCCUCUAUUUCAUUUGGGCUACACUUGUGCUCCAAGGGGUUUCAGGAGAGAUUUUCACAUCGAGAAGAGGAUUGCAUUUGCAUUUGAACAAGAGACGAGCACUGAUUGGUUCAGUGAUACCAACUUGUACGUUCAACGAAUGCAGAGGUUGUCGGUACAGGUGUAGAGCCGAGCAAGUUCCGGUUGAAGGGAAUGAUCCAAGAAAUAGUGCUUAUCAUUAUAGAUGUGUGUGUCAUAGGUAA